AGAUCUGGGAAAUUUUAGUGGCCGGACAAGAAGUGCAGUCUCUGUACGAGAAGGUCAAGGAGUUGUUCUGUUGUGCUCUCCUCCACUUCAUUCACCAGAGAUCAUUUACAGCUGGGUAUUUAAUGAAUUCCCAUCUUUCGUGGCAGAAGAUAGCCGACGCUUUAUCUCUCAGGAGACAGGAAAUCUCUACAUAUCCAAGGUGCAAACAUCUGAUGUUGGCAGCUAUAUCUGCCUAGUAAAAAACACAGUGACAAAUGCCAGAGUUCUGAGUCCUCCAACGCCACUUACCCUGCGAAACGAUGGUGUGAUGGGGGAAUAUGAGCCGAAAAUUGAGGUCCAUUUUCCUUAUACAGUUACAGCUGCAAAGGGAACUACCGUUAAGAUGGAGUGCUUUGCGCUGGGCAACCCUGUUCCAACAAUCUCAUGGAGGAAAGUUAAUGAUCAUAAUCCAAGUAAAGCCCGUCUGAGAAAGUCCCAAGCUGUUCUUGAAAUACCUAAUGUGCAGCUAGAAGAUGCAGGGAUGUAUGAAUGUAAAGCUGAAAACUCGCGUGGAAGGAAUGUCUUCAGAGGACAGCUACAAGUGUACACCUACCCACAUUGGGUGGAGAAGCUUAACAAUACUCAGUUAGACAGUGGAGAGCAGCUUCGAUGGGAAUGCCAAGCCACUGGAAAGCCACGACCCACCUAUCGUUGGCUGAAGAAUGGAGUACCUCUUUGGGCACAGAGCAGGGUUGAGAUGGUUAAUGGUGUACUGAUGAUCCACAGUGUGAAUCUCUCAGAUGCUGGAAUGUACCAAUGCUUAGCAGAAAAUAAAUACGGAACCAUUUAUGCCAGUGCUGAGCUGAAGAUUUUAGCCUCAGCUCCCACUUUUGCACUGAAUCAGAUGAAGAAAACUAUAAUUAUUACCAGGGGCCAAGAAGUUGUCAUUGAGUGCAAACCACAAGCCUCUCCAAAACCAACCAUCACUUGGAAGAAAGGAGACAAAGCAGUAAGAGAGAAUAAGAGGUCAGAAGUCUCUUCAGUAAACUAA